AUGUGUGCUUCAGAGAAGCUAUUUAUCAACAAAGCUGCUGGUCUGGAACAACGACUUAAUGGUCUCGUGCAGACCGUACAUCAGGAUGACGAUUUUGUAAUUUUACACUCGACAGAAUUGAAGCGACAGGCGGCUAUCUUAUAUCCUCACUACACUUUCAUUUCCCUGUGCCUAGACAGUGGCCUUGUAACAAGUUUGACAUGGCCUGUCUUCGUUGCAGCAGUGGAACUCAACCCACUAGAUGACAUAGUCAUGCUUAACAAUAGAUCUGUGUCUGGGAGAGCAUUCAUUCUCAGUCCAUUGGCAGUAAUGUCAACUUGUACCAUUGCGAACCUCGAGAGUACUAUAUCAGUCAUUGUUGAUGUUUGGCAACGCAGAGAUUUGUCUCUAUUAGCAAACACUAUACAAGGCAUUACAAGCGACUGGGAGAAGUAUGUUGAGCCUGUUAGUAUAAAUUUGAGUCUUGGGUAA